AACUGGAUAUAACACUAUGGCGUUUAGCCGUUUGCGCACUGGUCACCACCUUGCCCCCACGCAGGUACAGGCAUCCAGACGACGAUGAUAAUUGGUUGCGUCUCGGUCGUCUUCAUUCUUCUUCUUCAAAUUCUUGUGUUCCAUCCUCCUCCUGUUAAGCCCUUUCCUUCUGACUCCAAUGCUUCAUCCAUUUUGCAGGACGUUUUAAAGGUUAUUUCGGCCAAACAGAAAUGGGAUUUCGACGGUGUUAGAGUUUCCAAGUUCGAUGUUGGCAAGGUUCGAUUCAGCGCCUCCAUCAAAUAUGAGUUUCGAAUCGGGUUGGGCAGGAAUCAUUUGCUCCUCAGAUCUUCGGACCAAGUUGGGUCUUGGAACAAGUUUAGAAAGUCCAAAUCCGACCUAGGGUCUCUGAUUCGUCAAGUUAGCUCACUUGCUGUGCUUGAUACCUUCAAAUUGGAGGGUCCAUUUGAGUUAGGGGUCGAUGGACAUCACCAACUGACUCUGUCCCUGCCGAUGAACAUCUCGUAUAGUGGUUUGAAACACAUCCUUGUUGGUGAAGGCAUCACAUUAGAAGUGAAAGGAGCGCAAGAAGUCUCCCUUUUUCAUUCAUCAGAUAUUGAUCAGCAGACAAAUGGAAGCGCUGUGUUUAGCAAGGGGAAGAUUGGUUUUGGGCCCUUUAUGCAAUCAAUGUGCAUGCCUUUAAUUCCUAUCCGCAUAUUGGGCUCUGCAUCAUUAGUUGCCUACAGAGCACGGAAUCCUGAUGUGUACAUAGAAAAUACAUAUAUUUCGGGGGACACAAUUGAGCUGCUCCCAGAAAAAUGUUACCGGGGUCUUGUGCACAGAAAGCGAGCAUGCCCAAUUAAUUCCUUUAGUUUGAGAUUAAGCAUGUUGGAAAAAAUUUUUAGGAGCCUUCUGGGUCGUAGGAUCCUUCAAAAUCAGGUUUCUCGUUUGGUCAAAGCUAAUGUUAAAGCAUCAUCUAAUGUUAGAUUCUCCAUAGAGUUGGAAAGGGUAGUUGGGAGCAAUAUCACUGUCAAUGGUACACUGCCCAAGUGGAGAACAAGGCCCAGUGUAGAAAGAGAUUGGUUUCAGGUAUGGGCCAGAGUUGAGGGCGACAGGCUAAAGCCCCUCAUGGUCAAGAAAUCAAAGCCUUUUAUCGAAUCAGAUUCAGUUUCGUGGGGUAAUUUGAUGUCCAACAUGUCCUUUACAAAGUUGCGAUCUGUGCUUGUUCCUCCAGAGGCUCUUACAUUGGAUGUUAAAUGGGGUAGGAUAGUGAUGAAUUUCAAUCCUCAUCUUAAACGCCUGUUCCUGCCUUUUUGGCGCUUGAUGAACAAUAGCAUCUGCUUAUUGCAUUUGGCUGAAAGUUCUCCCUUAGUUAAUGGUGAUCGAGAAACCAAAAGCAAACAAGUAAACAAGAACCAGAGAUCUAAACUAAACCAUGGUCAUCUCAAGGGUAUCUCGGGGAUGGCCUUGCUUGUCUUCCACCUUUUUGUAUCUAUACCAAGAAGCACAAACCAAGUAAAACCCAAAAUUAAGGACGCUCAACGCAGACAACAGCCAGUAGAAGUAGUUAAGCUUGUCUCUGUUGAGGCUAUUACUUGCCAGCCAUCCUCCACUCACUUUGUUAACCACUUCAACCACCACGGUGCUUGUAAAAUAGCCAAAUGCCACAGAACUCUAAGAUAUAGCCGUGCUGAGUGA